UUGAGUACUUCUUCAGACUAAAUUGGGACAUUUCAAGUUUACACAAUAGUAUAUCAAAGUAAGAUUCAAGUAUAUUGCACCACUUUUAGUAUAGACUAAAUAUUUGUAGCACACUUAAAUAGAUUAGCUAUCUUUUUUUCUAAGGGGAUAUUUAUGAAGAAUGACAAGUGUUUUCACUUAACUAGAAAGUAUAUUCAUUCCUAAGUUUGUAGUGUACUGACUGAGUUUGUGUAAAAUAUAAUUGAAAGUAUUACUUUUGGAUGAAAGUGAGUAACAUGUAAUUUAUUUAUUUUUUCCAAAUAACUUGCACAACAUUGUUAAUCACAGACGAACCCAGCCAUUUUCCAUGUAACACUCCGGAACCAAAGUCUUCUCGUGCGUGCUUAGCACGGACAGUUUUAGGGGACGGUACAAUGAAGUCCAAUGUGUCAACAGAAAGCAGAAAGAGUAAAGAUGAGAGGAAAGUCUUACGAAAACAGAUUAAAGCCAGUCACACUCUUCUGAAGCAUGAGGGUAUCUGUACAACACCACAGCCGACCAAGUGUUUGGUGAUCGCAAACGGAGGUCUGGGGAAUGGCGUCAGUCGGGAGGAGCUGUCAGCAGCGUUGCAGGAGAUGGGAGAGGUGGAGAAGUUGGUGAUGCCUCCUCACAAACCCUACGCCUUUGUCACCUUCAGAUCUGAAGAUGGCGCUCGAAAAGCUCACGCCAACCUUAAUGGAUGGAAGUUACUGUGUGGAGGGAGCAGCGUCACACUUUACCUUAGUUACGUCGACUCAGUAAAGUAUAAAGAGGCAGCGUCCGUCCCUCUACCAGAAGGUUUGGUCUUGGUGGAAAACUUUGUGUCUCCAGAAGAAGAGGCGCAGCUCCUCAACGCGAUUGACUGGUCAGCUACUCAUGAUAAUGACACAGCCCAAAAGUCCUUGAAACACAGAAGAGUGAAGCACUACGGAUUUGAAUUUCGCUAUGACAUCAAUAAUGUGGACAAAGACAAACCGUUACCUGCAGGUCUUCCAGAGGAGUGUGUACCCGUUCUGCAUCGCUGUGUGGAGCAUGGACACACCAACAUUCUUCCUGAUCAGCUGACUGUCAACCAGUACGAGUCUGGACAGGGCAUUCCCCCCCAUGUGGACACUCAUUCUGCCUUCGAAGACACCAUCCUGUCCUUGAGUCUGGGUGCAAAAACGGUGAUGGAGUUCCGUCACCCCGAUGGCCGAGUCGCUGCAGUGGUUUUGCCGGAACGGAGCCUGCUGGUGAUGAAGGGGGAGAGCAGAUACCUCUGGAGCCACGGGAUCACGCCCCGGAAAUUUGACAUGGUCCCAGCAGAAGAGCCACGUACCGAUGCUCCAACGGAAUCCGGGAUCCAAAGCAACCUGACUUUGAGCAGGAGAGGAACUCGCACUUCCUUCACUUUCCGGAAGAUCAGACAGGAUCCCUGUCGCUGUGCCUUCCCGUCAGCCUGCGACAGUCAGGGCGGACCCUCGCCAUCGCCUGGCCCCUCCCUCCCCUCUAGCCACGCAGAUGCAGCGCGUUUGGAGGAGGAGUACGUACACCGCGUUUACCACACCAUCGCCUCCCACUUCAGCGACACUCGCCACACCCCCUGGCCCCGCGUGUGCCGGUUCCUGUCCUCACUGCCGCCGGGCAGCAUCCUGGCGGACGUGGGCUGUGGAAACGGGAAGUACCUGGGCGUGAACGCUGAUUUGAUCGCUGUGGGCUGUGAUCGCAGCACUGCUCUUGUUCAGAUCUGCGCUGCAAGGGGUUAUCAGGCAUUUGUGUCAGACGCCCUCAGCGUCCCCCUGCGAGCGGCGUCGUGUGAUGCCUGCAUUUCCAUCGCCGUCAUUCAUCAUUUUUCCACCGCGGAGCGGCGACUAGCAGCAGUGACAGAGCUGGUGAGACUUUUGAAACCUGGAGGUCAGGCACUCAUCUAUGUUUGGGCUUUUGAACAAGAAUACAACAAGCAGAAGUCCAAAUACCUCAAGCAAAACUUCAAAGAAGAUCAUGGAGAAUUCAGUUCCACCAACUCAGUGUCAGAGAAGAGCCAGAAAUCCACUGGAGAACAAAUAUCUGAUCCAUCCUGCCAUUUAGAAAAAAGCCACAAACCUUCUGACAACAUGCAAGAUAUUAGUCCUGAAGGCCGGCUCAGUGUGCACACCAACCGCACAGCCUUUACUUCCCAGGAUCUUUUGGUUCCCUGGCAUCUUAAAGGAGGGAAAUUACAACGAGAAGAAAAUCCUGACUUGAGCUCCGGUACUGAUCCAAGCCCGGAGUCGGACUCGGACCCUAACACCUCCAAGUUGAGCCCAGCUGCCUCUCAGGCUUCAGCUUCUGCUUUGAAACCAGCGAGCAGCCAAGUCCCAGUCUUCCAUCGCUAUUACCACGUCUUCCAACAGGGGGAGCUGGAGCAGCUGUGUGCUCUGGUGUCAGGAGUCCAAGUUAAGAGCAGCUAUCAUGACCAGGGGAACUGGUGUGUUGUGCUGCAGAAGGAGUGAAUGGGGGAAGAUGUGUCUGUGCAAAUAAAAACUUGAAAAUGAAAAGAGGGUCUUGUUUAAAUUCUAAGAG